CGCUGCGCCGGGGGCGGGACUUAGACUUAGCUUUUGAUUGGUCAACUUGACUAGCGACCUUUCCCCUCCGCGACAGUUUCCCGAGGUGCCUAGUGCCUGAGCGGCACGGACGAGAGUAAGAAGGGAGGCAAGAUGGCGGACGUGCUGGAUCUUCAUGAGGCCGGGGGCGAGGAUUUCGCCAUGGAUGAGGAUGGGGACGAGAGCAUCCACAAACUGAAAGAAAAGGCGAAGAAACGGAAGGGCCGCGGCUUUGGCUCCGAAGGGUCUCGAGCGCGGAUGCGUGAGGAUUAUGACAGCGUGGAGCAGGAUGGUGAUGAACCCGGACCACAGCGCUCUGUUGAAGGCUGGAUUCUGUUUGUCACUGGAGUACACGAGGAAGCCACUGAAGAAGACAUCCAUGACAAAUUUGCAGAGUAUGGAGAAAUAAAAAACAUCCACCUCAACUUGGACCGGCGUACAGGAUACCUGAAGGGGUAUACUCUAGUUGAGUAUGAAACAUAUAAGGAGGCCCAGGCUGCUAUGGAGGGACUCAAUGGCCAGGAUCUGAUGGGACAGCCGAUCAGUGUGGACUGGUGUUUUGUUCGGGGUCCACCCAAGGGCAAGAGGAGAGGUGGCCGAAGACGCAGCAGGAGUCCAGACCGGAGGCGGCGCUGACUGGUCCUCUCUUGUCCAGAUGUUCUCUCCAGAGAUUCCUUGUGACCAUACAGCCUUGGAGAAGUAGGGUUGGGGUGGAAAUCCCCGUGUUUAUAUUUAACUCUCACUCUACUUGCUUAGUGGGUUGUGGGUUUUUUUUGAGUUAUGAAUAAAUGUCCCAUUUUUGUUUUGUACAUUUAAAAUUACUUUUCUGUUCUAACAUUGCAAGCUCUGAAGAACUAUUUACGGUAAGGCAGUAUGGGUCACUGUGGAGAUACUUCUAGGGACUCGAUUCUGUGUGAUUUUUUACAUUAGAUCUAGUCUUCAAGUUUCAGCUAGGGUCAAAGUAGAGAACACUGCUCGGUAUUUCUUUUUCUUGGAAGCUAAGAGAGCACGGGCAGAAGUGAGGUGUUCUUGUGAUAUUAAAGAAUAAUUGUUCUGUUUCUGUAUACUCUGUCCUGGGCAGAUGGAUGUUACAGGAAUGUCUCUUUUGUUUCUUCUGUCCUUGCUGCCACAUUUGUGUGUACUUCCAGCUGUCUAAGGGCUUGAAUCUCCUGUUGGGGCAUUCUCUCAGAGCCUUUUUCCCUGGAGGAGUCUCUACUGUGUUCUUGGUGCCUUCAGCAGCCAAGGGUAAAGGCUCCAUAGAGGAGAGGAUCCAGAGGAACACUGAAGAGGCCAAAAAGGAAAAGGAUGUGGCUGAGGCUGGGAGGGACUUCAGUUAGCAUGAUGGGGGAGAACCAGUACCACAGUUCUAGCAGGUAAUAAGGUGUCCCAACAGAGGACAAACGUCAGCAAGACAACUAGGGCCAGUCCCAGGGCCCGCAGACGAACAUGGGAACAAUUGUCUAAGGAGCAGCAGAGGGCAAAUUCACCGGCAGGGGUUGGGAAUUUAGAAAAUAUAUGCAAUUUCAGAACCCCUCAGCUUCUGAGUUGAGUGUAGGGUGAAUGGAUGAGUGGCAGAGAUCGUGAGCUGGAGCUCUCCCAAUACAAGGAAGAAAACAUGGCAAAUAGGUAAUGCUGUAAACCCUCUUCCCUUCCCAAACUGGGACUAUAUGCUUCCCUCCUGUCCCCCCACCCCAAGGAUUAUGACAGACAUGCUGGAGAAAAGGUUUUGAUUGAGGUGCUGUGUUACAUGAAGCUACUAAGUCUUCUUGAAGACUUGAUGGUAUCCAAGACUAAAGGAGAAUACUGAUCAUCUUUCUCCUUACUCCGUACCCAGCUAACUCAACCCCAGAGGAUAGCUAGAAGGUUGUUAGAGUUGAAGGCAUUUGGCAAAUACUUGCAGCAUCAGGUGCUAGAGAUAUGGUUAUGAAGUUACUUUUGGUAACAGCUAUCAGAUCAGUAAGUAAGGCUAGAGGCCAUAGUUUUAAGGUAUGGAUUAGGGCCCGGGGAUUGGAGUCUCAUCGUGGUCCCCCUUCCUCAUCGGGAACUGGACCCACUGAAGACGGUGCAGGUAUAGCAGACGGUCAUGGCAGUCCAUGGCAGCAGAAAGAGGCAACAGAAGGUGAAGAGGUUAUCGGUGGUCUCUUGCCAUCGAGCCUUGAAACUGCCUUUGGUGACACACUGGAUGAAGGAGACUGGGCCAGCUUGGCGGACGGUGUGGAACAGGAACAGCUGGAGUGGAGUUUGAGGACUAUUAGAACUGGUCCUCCUUCCCCCUUCCCACCACCAGUCACACUGUCUUCCCAGCAUCCUUCGUUCUGUGCAGAGCUGUGCAGUGCUGAGUACUGGUUCAUCCGUAGUGCCAUAUUUAAAAGGUUAGAAUCUUGAAAAUAUCAUUCCUUUCAGCUCUGGAGCUCAUCAGUCAGUUCGUUAAAUCCUGGGACUUAAAGAAUCUUGCCUUCUCGAGUACUAUCCUAAUGUUGCACUUUGUAAAAGGGUAUUUCUACCACAUCAACAUUUUUAGCUGAAAUGAUUUUUCUGAUGUAUCUAAUCAAUUCUGUGGAAAAAGAAAUUUUGUAUAAAAUGGGUGCUGCUAAAAUUUCAGGCCAUUUUGCAGCCACUAGGUGAAAUGACCUUCAGUAAUAGUGUUAUGUACAAUAACUAUUAACAGUGAAACAAUGCUAAGUAAUAAAAUGUAACAUUCUUCCAGAUGC